AUGUCUAAAGCAGCCAAGGCCACAUUGACAGCAUCUAUCGUAUUCUGCUGUGCUUCUGUAUUUGGUGUGCACUAUAUACAAAACGAAGAGAAGGAGAAUUUAAGAGCUGGCGUGUUGCGUGAUGAUGAACGCAGAAAGAAGAAGGAGCAACAGACACUCAACAUGAGGGAGCUGAAGGAGCAGCAAGAAUUACAUGAAGCCUUACUGAAAACUCAAGAAGUAUCAAAUCUGCCAUCGAGUGAACCUAUAUCAGAAGACGACUAA